AUGUCUGGGAGGCAAGCACCGUCCCUUCUUUCUUUGCCCAUUGAAAUUAUCCAAUUGAUCCUUUCCUACAUCCCGUCUCAGGACCUAUCCCAAAAUGUGGAAAUGACUUGCAAAGAACUCAGGAAGGCCAUGAUCCCUGUCUACCGAGUUAGAUACGGGCAUGAGCCAGCGCCUUCUGUCCCUUCUAUGGCUUUACUUCAGGCACGCUUCAACCUGCAAUUUUCUGUUUCUUGGUCUACCUGUUCUUCAGAAGUUUUGGAAUGUUGCCUAUUUGCCGUUGCCACAAGUGGUGAUAUGGAACUGUUUGUCUACUUAAAGCAGCUUUUGCUCGAGGCUGGCAAAGAUAUUCAAGUUCACCGCGCAGCCAAAGCAGCUGUUCGGUCUGAUCGAGUGGAGAUUUUGCAAGAAUUACAAAGCACUUUUGGUAUCGAAUCUCAUACCUUGCCAUUAAUGGAAGUGGCAGCGUAUUCCGGCAGCGCAAAUGCAGUUCAAUUUCUACUCGAGCUUGGGCCUACGAUUGAUUUGGAAUAUCCCUACGAACUCGCCUUACGCUGUUGCGAUCUUGAUGUCCUUCGCCGGCUCAAAACGCAUUCUCCACGCAACAGGGGCUCGUAUUUGCGGAAUGGGCAAUUGCAAAUUGCAGUCAUCUUGACAGACCUCUUGGAGAGUUGGGCAAACAAGAGCAAGAUAAUUGAAUUUCUUGUUAAGCAUGCUUCUGUCGACAUUAACGCCAUUGGAAGGGAUGGGCUUGCUGUCGUACAUAUUGCGGCCGUCAACAAUCAGAUCGAUGCGCUCAAGCUUUUCGAGAACCUUGGUGCCAACAUGAUGUCUUUGGGUGAGGUUGAACAGACGCCAGCCGAAAUUGCCCUUUGUAAUGGGUACAACAUACCAUUCCUCGAGUGCUCUUCUCUCCCAAUAGAGCUAUUCGCGAUGAAGCGGGACCUGGCAAAAACUAUCAUUGGCAAACAAUGCGAUGCUAUGUUCAAAGGCCAGCGGAAGUGUCCCAGCUUCGACCGUGCUUUGAAUGACGCAGAAAGCAAGUUGGCGGAUAUUUGGGCAAAGACAAUCGGAUUGGAAACGUUGCGUGAACUGCUUAACAUAAUCGACACACCGUUGUUUGAGCCAGUUGAGAAGUUGCUGAGGAUCAUCAUGGAAUUUGGUCGGGGGCCGGUUAAGCCGAGAGAAAGGCAGCUUCGAGAUGUGGAUGACAUCAAGGACAUUUUGAACAACGCCUAA